AUGAGUAGGGUUGCUUUUCCGGCGCCGAGGGAGAUGACGCGUGGGGAUGUUGAGGGUGUGAUUAGGCAGUUUGUGGAUGCGGCGAGGUUGAUGGCUGAUGCUGGGUUUUCGGGGGUGGAAUUGCAUGGUGCGCAUGGGUAUUUGAUUGAUCAAUUCCUGAACCCGAAGACAAACCUCCGGACAGAUGAAUACGGAGGCUCCGUUGAAAAGAGAACCAAAUUCGUUCUGGACAUCAUAACCGAAACCCGAAAGGUCGUCCCUGCAAACUUCGCCAUCGGCAUCAAACUUAACUCUGCAGACCACAGCUCGUCCAACUUCGAAGACACAAUGACCCAGAUCAAACUGCUUACAGAAGCCAAAAUCGACUUUCUCGAAGUCAGCGGUGGAAGUUACUCAGACCCAAAGAUGAUGGGCUACACCACCACCCAAGAAAACCCCCAAACAACCCGCACCGCCGCCCGCGAAGCCUUCUUCCUCUCCUUCGCAACCGAAACCCGCACCCGCUUCCCAAACCUCAUCCUAAUGCUAACCGGCGGUUUCCGCACGCGUGCCGGAGCCGAGGACGCCAUUAAACAAAACGCCUGUGAUAUAAUCGGUAUCGGGCGCCCUGCUGCUGUGAAUCCGAAAUUCCCGCAGUUGUUGCUGGAUGAAAGUCUUUCGGAUGAGGAGGCGGGAUUGCCGUUGAAGAAGGUGGGAUUGCCGUGGUAUGUGAGGAUACUUCCGAUAAAGGCCAUUGGGGCGGGGGCUGAGAGUGUGUAUUAUGGUGGUCAGAUUAAGCGAAUGGGUAAAGGACUUGCUACGUCUGCUCCUGCUUAG